AUGCCUUGAGUUCCAUAAAAUAAAAUGUAAUUUGUCUGAAGUAAAUAUAUGGUAGUCAUAAUAAAUAGAAUUUGAAUCGGAGUUAAUACAGAGUAUAUUGUAAAUAUGCGUCGACGUGCGGGUCUAGGUGCUAUUCAACAGCAACAGUUAGCUGCUGAAAAGUACAAGAACAAGGGUACUGAUAUACAGGAAUCGCAGUUUGAACAAAUGUCUAAACAAAUGGAAGUAUUUCGUAUUAAACUAGAGGAAUUCGCUGUGAAGCACAAGCAAGAUAUCCGGAAAAACUCUCAGUUUCGUAAACAGUUCCAGGAAAUGUGUGCAGCUAUCGGAGUCGAUCCACUUGCUACUGGCAAGGGCUUUUGGAGUGUCCUUGGAAUGGGCGAUUUUUAUUACGAAUUGGGUGUACAGGUAGUGGAAGUAUGCUUGGCAGCAAAUCAUAAAACCGGAGGUUUAAUGGGAUUGAGUGAGUUACGUAGGCGUCUCAUAGCUGCUCGUGGUCAAAGUUCAGUACAUCAGGAAAUAACGGAUGAAGACAUUUUAAUGGCCGCAAAAAAGUUAAGCAUUUUUGGAAAUGGAUUUGUGGUUCAUAAAGUAGCUAAAGGAAAAUACAUGGUGCAAUCGAUACCAGGGGAGUUGAGUAUGGAAGAAUCCAAAAUACUGACGGCUGCUUCUAAUACAGAAAAGGGCUACGUAACACUUCAAAUGAUUAUUGAGCAGCUCGGAUGGAAUGAAUUUCGAGCUAAACAGGCGCUUGAUAAAACAAUAAGUGAAGGCUUGUGUUGGAUAGACGAACAAAAUGGAGAAUGUAGUUACUGGUUUCCAAGUUUAUUUCCCGGUCGAUAUGCACAUGCGUCUGAUUUGUGAAGCAUGCCUCCAAAUGCUCAUAAGUGUAUAUGUACAUGUAACAUUUAUUUUAUAUAUUUUAAUACGUAUAAAAAAUAUGGAUUAUUACAAUACUACUAAAACAUAAGUAUAAUGAAUCACAACCAAA